GCAUUCUCUUCUUCUUCUUCUUCUUCUUCUUCUUCAAUGGCAUUCAGAUUACCCGAUUCCUCGUCCGCCUCUUCUUCUUCCGCUCUUAAAUGGUCUUUCGAUGUAUUUUUGAGUUUUAGAGGAAUAGAUACUCGUAAUAAUUUUACUGCCCAUCUAUACCAGGCUUUACUAGCUAAGGGAAUCAAAACCUACAGAGAUGACACAGAUCUUGAAAGAGCAGAAGGAAUUUCACCUGGACUUCUCAAAGCUAUUGAAGAGUCAAUGAUUUUUAUCAUUAUAUUAUCUCCAAAUUAUGCAUCAUCUACGUGGUGCUUGGAAGAGCUAACGAAGAUCCUUGAGUGUAAGGAAACAAAACAACAAAUUGUUUUACCAGUAUUUUACCAUGUAGAUCCAUCAGAUGUACGAAAUCUGAAAGAAAGUUUUGGAGAAGCAUUAGCUAAACAUCAUGAGAGGUUCCAAGAAGACCCGAAGGUGCAGAGAUGGAAGGAAAGCUUACGAGAAGUUGCCACUUUAGCUGGACUACAUCUGGCCAAAGACGGGGAACAAACACAAUUGAAGGGAUUUUGUUAGAUUUUCCCGAAGGCGAUGACAAGAUAUGCUUGCAUUCCAAGACAUUUGAGAAUAUGAGGAAUCUUCGACUGUUUAUAAACCGGAAUGCACAAUUUUCUGCAGGACCAAAUUAUCUCUCUAAUAAGUUAAGAGUAAUUGAUUGGCCUG